CAGACUGUAGUAGCUGCAUUGUAGAUGAAUUCGUGAUUCUGAUGUGGAACUUCCUGGUCAGGUAGUGCUUUUCACAAGAGUCAGAAUACGGAAUUUGCCAGACUUUUUUCCGCUAAGCCAAUACGGAAUCUAGUCAUCGGGAUUUAACAUUAUUUUGACUGUUCGCAGAGAGGGGAUUCCUUAAGGUUACUUGCCGUCAAAGUUAGCUUCUAAGCUAACGUGAUUGUUAGGACUCUUGGCUCCAGCCAUGUCUGCUUCAGCUGGAUGCUCCCCAGCGGGCCAAAGCUCGGGCCUUGGCCCUGGUAUGUCUAUGUUUCGUUGGCUAGAAGUCCUGGAGAAAGAGUUUGACAAGGCUUUCGUGGACGUUGAUCUGCUUCUCGGAGAAAUUGAUCCAGAUCAAGUUGAUAUUACGUACGAGGGUCGACAGAAGAUGACCAGCCUAAGCUCCUGUUUUGCUCAGCUCUGUCACAAAACCCAGACGGUUUUCCAACUCAACCAUAAACUAGAGGCUCAGCUAGUGGAUCUGCGUUCUGAACUGACUGAGGUUAAAGCUGAGCGGGCAGUGGUGGAAAGGGAGGUCCAUGACCAGCUUCUGCAGCUUCAUGCUCUCCAGCUGCAGCUUCAUGCCAAGCAAGGCCAGGCUGAGGAGUCUGACUCCAUCAAAGAUAAACUGGAACAGGAGCUUGAGGCCAGUAAGAAGGAGAAAUUAGCAGAAGCAAGGCUGGAGGCAGAAGUGAGACUAUAUAAGAAAGAAAAUGAGGCCCUUCGUAGGCAUCUGGCAGUACUGCAGGCUGAAGUGUAUGGAGCCAGACUGGCAGCCAAAUACUUGGACAAGGAACUGGCUGGCAGGGUACAACAGAUUCAGUUACUGGGGCGUGACAUGAAAGGGCCAGCCCACGACAAGCUGUGGAAUCAACUGGAGGCAGAGAUUCACCUUCACCGCCAUAAGACUGUCAUCCGGGCAUGUAGAGGUCGUAAUGAUUCCAAGAAACCUCUUCCCUCUCCUGUGGGGCAUGACCCAGAAAUGUUGAAGAAAACCCAGGGGGUAGGCCCUAUCAGAAAGGUGGUGCUAGUCAAAGAUGACCAUGAGGGGCUGGGAAUCUCCAUUACAGGUGGGAAGGAGCACGGUGUUCCCAUUCUAAUUUCAGAGAUCCAUCCAAGUCAGCCCGCAGACAGAUGUGGAGGUCUGCAUGUUGGAGAUGCCAUUCUUGCUGUCAACAGCAUCAAUCUGCGAGAUGCCAAACACAAGGAGGCUGUCACCAUUCUGUCCCAGCAGCGAGGACAGAUAGAGUUUGAGGUGGUGUAUGUGGCUCCAGAGGUCGACAGUGAUGAUGAGAAUGUGGAAUAUGAAGACGACAAUGGCCAUCACUACCGACUCUAUCUUGAUGAACUGGAUGACAGAAGCACAGCACCAUCCAGCAAUAACUCAGCGCCGCUACAGGCUCUGGAGAAAAUGUCACUUAGCAAUGGACCAGAGAAUGGAGGAGCUACUGGGAUUUCCAGUGAGACACCUUCAAGUGAAACACCGUCAAAGCCUACUGAGACUGACUGCUCCUCCUAGAGGCUCAGUUAUUUGGAGAAAGUAACUAGAGCAUUCGUGUGAAAAUCUCUCUCAAAGAACUGAAUCAGAGAAUUCUAUGACAAACCUAGGGACAACGGAAGGAAAAUGAACAGAAAGUAUGUUUUCCCUUUUUCCUCUUGGUGUUCUAGGGUGGUGGAAAUUGAGGGUUUUUUCUGGGCAUGUGGCAAUGAUUUGGGCUAAAAGUACACGUUUGAUGAAGCCAGGUGUAAGAUAUGUAGAGGAGGGACUGAACAAUGUGUGAUUUCUCUGGGGAUAUUUUAUACUAAUGGGAAUUGACAGGACAGUUGUAUGUGAGAAUGGCAAAAGGAACCUAGCUGUCAUGGAGGCACAGUGACAUCAGGAAGGAAGAGGUUGCUUAUUGUUGAAAAUGUCUUAGAGCUGCCGCUUUAGGAGAGACACUUGUAAAGUGUUAUGCUCUUAUUUGUAUAGUUAUCCAUCUGGUCUUCACAACAGUAUGACAAAACUAUAUAGUCCUACAGGGAACUUGGGAAAGACCAGGAAAACUCUUAAUUCAUAUUUUAUUAAUUGUUUUACAAAAAACAAUAACUAACAACUUUCUGUUAAAUAGAAUCUUGCCUGUUGUCAGCAAUACACUUUCCAACAUUUAAAACCUAAGCAGGGCAGAUAUGUAUUAGGUUGAAAUAUGUAUCUAAAUAUUUUACCUGCCACAUGAAUGAACAUACGGAACACUGAAAAGCAAGAGAAACAAUAGGCAGCAUUUAUUUGGUGAUGUCAAUGCGAACAGUAUAAAAGUACUUAAAAUGUACAACACUUUAUGGAUGGAUAGAGAAAAUAUUUAGUAUUUUGACACUUAAUAAACCAACAUUAAUCUUAUUAGCAUUCUUUUUUUCUCUUAUCCAGCAUCCAUCUUUAAUAUAAAUAUGUAAAAGAUGGUAGUAAGUUACCCUCUGGGGUUGCAUUGUUAUGGAUCCAACUGCUUUUUCUGUCAAAAUUCAAUACAAGCACCAGGAUUGGUCAGGUGCCCAUGCUGGCAUGAGUGGGAGGAGUCUUCUGCCAGAAGAACUCUAUUUUAUCCCCCGUCUCCCAAGUUCAUACCCUUAAAUCAUUCAUCCACUCUUUGACAGGAGUGGCUGUGAAACAGAUAACUGUCUUUCAAGGGAGUAUAAAGGCACUUCCAAAUCCCAUCUGGAACUGCAGCCUACUUUCCUCUAACUUUUUAGGGCAAAACAGGUGUCCAGGGUGUCCUUGUCAAGUCAUAAAGUCCUUAAUUUAGCAGAAAAAAACAACCAUAUCUGGCUGUUUGUUUAAUUUUUCCCUCCUCCAGAUGUUUUUCAAGUGUAAAUACUAAAAAGGCAUGUUAUAAAGUCUAAGGCUUUGAGGGUAUUGUAAUUGUUUCAGCUGUUACUUGUCAUACUGAUGUGUGACCUGAAAACCCUGUCCCGGUAUUGUAUCCUAUUUAUAAGGUGUUGACUGUAGGGUAGAUGUUCUAUUGACUCAUUAUCCUGCCAUAAAUUUUUAACCUUGUUGAUCAUUAACAUAUAUUGGCAUCUCACUGUAUAUUGAAUAUGGCUGGGCACAAGACAACACUUGUAUUAUCUAAUUGAAUACAAUCAUUCUUAACUGUGUAUUGCUGUAUACUGUACUUUUUAUUGUUUUUCUUUUAUUGUCACGUUCUAUUGUAUCAUGUUUUUUUUUUGUAGGAUCCCCUUACUGUAUAAUGCUGUAAAAUACAACAAACUACUCUAAACUGGGUAGAGGCAUCAAUUCCUCUCUGCUCAGAUAUCACAUUGGUGAGGUCUGUGUGAAAAAUAUUCAGUUGAAUACAUUAUGAGCCCAGCGCUUCUGUCUGUUGUCACCACUGCUACAGUACCUGCCAAAAGAACAUGUAACAGUAAGUGAAAAACUAUUAACAUGUAUGACGUGCUCUUUAUAGGUAAUGAAUCCAAGUUAAGCAAUCUAUUUUAGUCUAAAUAAAAGUUUCCUUUUUUUGAAUGUC